AUGGCACCAGCACCGGAAGAGAAAUAUCUAUAUCUCUCUAUAUACAUUAUAACUAUUCUGACAGGCUUUCCAGCCAACCUUCUUGCACUGCACGCUUUCAUUCGUAAGCUGCGGGUGAAGGCCACGCCGAACGCCAUCCUGCUCUUCAAUCUGACGAUAUCCGACCUAUCAUUCUUGGUUUUCUUGCCUUUCAAGGUCACAGAGAUACUACAAGGUCAAUGGUCCAUGCCAUCAUUCCUCUGCCCACUUACUGGACUCUUCUAUUUCAGCACCAUCUACUCCAGCACUUUGUUCCUCACCGCGGUCAGUGUGGAAAGGUACCUCGGCGUGGCCUUUCCCCUCAAGUACAAACUCUAUCGCAAGCCUAGCUAUGCUGCCGCGGUUAGUGGAUUCCUGUGGAUCUGCUCGUUUGCUCACUGUAGCAUUGUCUACGUGACGGAGUACCAGCAGACUUCCAACGCCAGCAACAGACUCACCUGCUAUGACAACUUUACGAAGGAGCAAAUGGAAGUCCUUCUCCCAUUCCGUCUUGAGUUGGGACUCCUCUUGUUCUGCUUUCCUUUCCUCAUCACCUGUUUCUGUUAUGGAAGUUUCAUCAAGAUCCUCAUCUCUUCGAUGCACAUCCAACGCGUGAAGAAGCAACGAGCCAUCGGGCUGGUCCUCGCCACCCUAGGCGUGUUUGCUGUGUGUUUCGCCCCCUACAACGUCUCCCAUGUGGUGGGAUUUGUUCAGAAGGAGAACCUCAAAUGGAGAGAGAAGGCCUUGCUUCUGAGUACUUUUAAUGCUAGCUUGGACCCUAUCAUCUUCUACUUCUCCUCCACCGCUGUCCAGCACUCAUGCAAGUGUUGCUUGAUGAAGCUACACAUUUGCCAACCUAACCCAGCUCUACAAAAAAUCAUGGACAAGGAAAGCAUUAACAUGGGACAGUCACAGAUUUCCGACAGCCAGAUAUAUAGUUCUAGAAAUUAAUCUUUUAUUUGUUUAGUGAUGCUGAUAUGCAUUCUCCUACCUGU